AUGGAAGAGUACGAAUGCCAUUUACCUAGUAUGCCAGAAGCAACACCAAUAUUAUUAAAAUUAAAAGAAGAACUGCUUGCACAAAAUAAUUAUGAAUAUGGCGACUUACACAUGGAUGUAGUACGUUUCAACCCAAAUUAUGGUAUUGUGAAAGUUGAAAUGAAUUACAAAAUCUUUUAUCAAAAACAAGAACCAAUUGAUGAAACAGACUAUAAUAUAGGUAUUAUGCAAGAACAGGAACAGGAAGUUUCAAAUAACCAUUAUAAUAACAGUGUUUUUUCAUGCCCAGAAAUGGAGUUAACCACCAGUGACAUUUACAUGCAACGUGAAGUCGAAGAAAAAGUAGAUUUAAAUAACAUUUCAAAAAAUCCGGGAUGA